AAAACAGAGAAGCUGUCAACUUUCAUCAGCGGUUGUUUUGUAUUUUGCACGUGUUUUUGUUAACACAUUACUUUUUUCAUAAAAAUAUCGUAAAAAUUUCUGCAUUUGUGCGAUAAACAUUGCGUCAACAGCCCCACGAUGACGACCAGUUUAGCAGCACAGUUGCAGCGCUUGGCUGCCCCACAAACAUCGCUUUUGUAUGACAGUCGCAAAAAACCUUCAAUCCUGUUCAAAGCUGGCGAAGCAGCAUCGAAAGAUCGGGAAGUAAUAUAUGAUAUCGGUAUCAACGGACUGCAGGAGCUUAUUCAACUGAACCCAAGCUUCGCUCAAUUCGAGGAUACUUUAUUCGAUAAAACGUCAAUUGAUUUGCAGCGUGCGGUGGAAAAUAAGGAACUGAACCGAAAGCUGGAUGACAACAUCAGGAAGUUCUUUUUUCAUCUCUCGCCCUAUGUGAUGCUACAGCCGGCGCAUAAGUGCUUGGAAUGGCUCAUCAGAAGGUUUCACAUUCACGAAUUCAAUCGGGACGAUUUUGUUAACCUAAUGCUGCCGUAUCACGAAACAAUGAUUUUUGUUCGAUGUGUUCAAACGCUUACCCUGACCGGGAAAAAUGAUCCAUUCGAAUGGUUGAAAGGAGUCAAGAAGAGUGGAGCACCACUCUCAAAGAAUGCCAUUAUCAAUCAUGCCAUUGGGACUCCAGGUUUUCUUAGAAUUUAUGGAGAAUUUUUAACACGAGCAGUUGACGAAUUAGAUAACAAAGCUAACAUUCUGCAGGCCAUGAUAGCUUUCUUCUGCACCACGACCAUCGGCGUAUUAGAUGGGUUGGAAUCAGUUGGAGAGAAUUUCGUCGUAUCCGUUCUGCGGACCCUGGUUAAAGGAUUAAGCUCGAAGGCGAUUGACUUCACCGCCGCUAGUUUUAUGGUAAUUGGUCAUUUGGUAACGAAGACCAAUCUCACCCGCAAAACGUUGGAAACAUUCCUUAUCCGAGUGUGUGCUGUGAUGCACCAUUCCCUCACCGGGAAUGCUACCAUGCUAAUGGUUCUGAUUCUGCAGACCCAACAAGGGCAAUUGGGCGAAUUGUCGGAAGAAGUUAUCGGGGCGCUCUUGGCAACGAAAUGGCUUCCUCGUGCGGUGGCCACCGUGAAGAGUGAAGGAGUUAAUGUAAUAGCACUGAUUCGAGCCGUACUGGUGAAAUGUUUGCAGAAAAUCUGCCAACAGGAUGCCAAUCUGGAGAUGUGCCGAAAGUUCUGCGAGGAAUUGAUGCUGGAGGUAACUCUGGACGAAGAGGAAUGCGAAGAUAUUAUUCGGUGCGUUUUGGAUUCAUACUUCUGUAAGAGUGGUCAACCGAUAGCGACAGCUGCCAGCAACACUUCGAACGAUGACAAAUCGUCAGAAAUUAUCAGCUUGGAUUCGGAGGACGAAGAUUUUGAGUGCAAGGACGAAGCAGUCACUCGAUGGUAUUCGGAUUUUCUCAAGCGCUUGGAGAACCAAUACCCGAACGCGUUCGAUAACGUCGUCAAACAGGUCAUGAAGGGCCAAGGCAACUUUUCUCAAAACAAACGAAAUGCACUGCGAAACGUGCUCGGAUUCUUAAUGCAGGCUUCCUACAGUGAGGAUGAUGCGAAUAUAUUCGAAAACCUUUUCCACUACGAUGUGGAUCGCAGAAUGGACGCCGUUCGCUACCUGGUGAACAAUUUUCAAAAUAUCAGUCUUAAAGGUGACGGAAACCGUGAUCUGCUCAAAGAUAGCAUCAAAGAGCGCCUGGAAGAUGACAAAUGUGACGUUGUAGCCGAAGUGUUGAAAUUGAGAGCGGCAGAUUUGGUACAACUGAUCGGAAAGGAUCAAUUGAUUGAGAAGUUGAUUACAAUCAGUCUUAAAUGCCUUCGACGAAUGGACACCUGGCAAGAAGUCACGCCAAAAGUAAUAGAUCUUCUAACUGAUAAGUAUGUCGUUGAAGGAACGAACCUGAAUAAGAUAAUCAUCGCAUUAUAUCCGUUCCUAUUUCCAUCGGAAGAUGACGAACUAGGCACUCAAAUUUCCAAGCAGGUCAUGGCGACUAGCUUUGCUCGAGAGUAUAACAUACUGAUGCUGUCAGUUAACCCAACGAAAAAGAUUGACUGUGAAUCGAUUCUUGGAACAUUGGAGGAGAUGCUUGGUGUAGGACAGACCUUCCACGCUAUACAAAUUUGCUUCUAUGUAACACUUGUCACAUCUUCUCUUCCACUAGAAGCUUCCGUAGACUUAGCAACCCGCGUUUUUCGUUUCACCACUCGUCUGCUGAGCGGCAAGCACAAAUACGUGCCUUCGUCCAGUUUAAGCUGCUUGAAGCAAAAUCGCCUGCCGAUGGACAUUCAUGUAAUAUUAUCCGGAUACCUAAUCGACCGGGUUCGAUUCGACACACGGAAUUCGGACUUUUCCGAACAAUCGGAAUCAUUUAGUUUACAGCUGAAUAUUUUCAAACUGCUGGUGGAGAAAUAUUUUAGCAUAAAGGACGAGUAUAAGGCUAUUAAGAAAGUGUACGGAAAAGAGUUGAGCAAAUUUCUGAAUUUACUGUAUCCAGAGCCGGAGAAGAGAAUUGAAUUUUUGACAUCGUUCUAUACGGUCCAUUUGCUGGAACGUGACGCCAAGGAUGUAACAAGUAACAGCAAGACAUAUGUUGAACCGGAACUACAAAUUCGGACGUUUAAGCUGUUGAAUGCGAUGCUCGCGCAAGUUGGCUACCAACUGUCCAUCAAUAUUCUGUUAAAUACUCUACUUGGCCUAAAGUCGGACUCGGCUGUAAUCCGUGAAUGUGCCAUCAGCUCAUUGGAACUCAUUGCAUCCGGCAACGCUCACCCUCUGGAUCCGACAUUUAAAUCGUUCCUCAAAAUGCUCCUUAAACGCCGCGAAGAGCUAGCAAUGGAUGGCGAGCAGCUUCCGCUGGUUAUGUUUACGAUAUUUUCCAGUGAUAACAGCAGAGCUCUGAACAAGAUCCUUCAAGCCCUGCUGGGUAAGGUUUUAGAUUCAAGUACUCCAGAGUACGUGGUCGGGGGAUUGCUAGAUAUGCUUAAACUGAUAGAUGAUGAUGACAUUUUCUCUAAAACGGUCAUCCGAGGCAUUCGCAUCAUGAAAAAGGCUGACAGGGCUGGUAAAAAUUACCUAUUCGGAAUGUACGAGUCCAGAGUGCUGCGAUCGCUGGUAGCAAGAAUCAACCCGAAUACGACAAAGACUCUGACGAGGAAUGAUCAGUGCCGUGACUUUGUAAACAUUGGACUUAGCAAUCAUCUUCCGCUGCCUAGCGCAGAGGGCAAACAUACUUCCGUUUCGAUUCUGCUGAUUGAUGCACUUGGUGAAGAGGUGUUUGUUACUUUUUCUCAAGCAUACGCCAAAGAGAUUUUGCGGCAGGUAGUAGAAGCAGCUACGGUUGCACAAAAUCCUGAAACCAGUGCGGCUGCUGGAAAGUUUUUUAAAAGUUUGAAAUUAGAUGUCAAACUGGUACUGGAUUUGCUGGAUAAGAUGAUUGUACAGAAGGAAAAUAAAAAGGAGAAGCGUAAAUCGUCCGGAACCCCGACCACUACCAAUUCCGUAUUCUCGUCAUCUGAAUGGACAUGUGGAGUAACUUUAUUAGAAAUGCUUCAAAACAAAAAGCAGUUGCUCAAUACAAAGCUAUUGAUUCCUAAGCUAUUCGAAGUUCUAAAGUUCUGCUUGGAUUUGGAAGAGCAGUCUGGGGUUGAGUACGUAAAGCAGAUGAUUUUAUCCUUGUUACUGCACUGUUGUAGCAAGAUGGAAGAUGGUUCUGGAAAUAGAAACGACAACUUGCCAAAAAGUGCAUUCAAAGUGGAGCUGAUUGUACAAUGCAUUCGAGGAACUCAGAACCCUCAAACACAUCACCAUGCUCUUCUUUUGUUGGCCCACGUAACUGACUUGGUUCCGGAUCAGGUACUCCAGAACAUAAUGGAAAUCUUUACCUUCAUGGGUUCAUCCGUUGUUAGGCAUGACGACGUCUACAGUAUACAGAUUAUUACGAAGAUCAUUGAAACCAUAAUACCUACUUUGGCAAGGGAGGAAAAUUCUGCAAAUAAGCAGAAUAAAGUGAUUCCGAUUCUGAAGAUAUUUACAGACGUGAUACUGGACGUUCCGGAGCACCGACGAGUUCCGCUGUAUACGAAGUUGAUACAGACACUUGGACCAUCCGAUUACCUGUGGAUGUUCCUUGGAGUUUUGCUUGAAUCGGACGUUAUGAAAGGUGGCAAAAAAGCGGAAGUUGAAUCAGAGGAGAAGGUUGGUAAGAAGAAGAAAAAGCAUAAUAUCGAAUCUGAACACUCGCCAAACUUCAGUAAACGACUGGAAAUCGCUAUGAACAUUGCUCAAGAGUUUGAUCCGUCUGUGAUAGUUGAAACUUGCACUCAAUUGGUGCGCUAUAUUCAAGGAUUACCACUGCAAAUUGAUACAAACAAAGAUCACAUGGAGAUUGACGUUACGGAUUCGGCUAUUUUCAGCAUAGAAUAUCACACAAACAAACAACUGAGACAUUACCGGUACUCUACCAGUUUAUUUGUUGCAACGUUAAUAAAAUCAACGCACGUGAUUAAUAAGAUUGCACUGCUCAACGAGGAAGAUACGGCUGCGAUGAAAGUUUGUUACCGAGACCUGAUCGUAGGCAGUUUGGCCUACGUGAAUGUUGUGGCGAAAGUCGUUGACAAAGCACGUAGUGAGAAUAACGAGCGGGAAAAAUCUUACUGGGAAAUUUCCUUGGUCAGGUGCUACGAGAUUUUGGAAGGAAUUAUAGCCCUGCUAGCCCCGGAUAUGACAAUAACGGUGUUUGGUGGAUUGAUGAAGCAUCGAACUUUGCUCAUCCGGCUAAAGGUGAUUGAUAUUUUCAACAAAAAACUACAAUAUAACAAAGAUUAUUUCGAUGAAUCCCAUCACUCGAGGUUGCUUGAGCUACUUAAUCCGUUAAUGCAGAUUGUGAAAGGAAUAUUUGUUGAGGAAGAUGUAGUUGGAAGCACAUCUGCUAGGUUCAAAAUUGCCCAAGAAGCUUAUCUAACCGUUAAACACUUGUCGAAGAUCUUGGCACAGAAAAAUCCGGCCCAGUUCAAACAUGUACUUGCUGGUUUCAUUGACGGACUACACGAUUACAAGAAAAACCCAAAUCCUCAUCUGUUAGCUUCAUUGAUUCUUUGUAUAGGUGAACUGAGCGUUAAUCUUGGCCCUCACUCGAUUCCAUAUCUGCCAAAGUACAUUCCGAUGCUGACCAAAUUCAUCGCUCGCCAGGUGAAAUCAGCGGAAACUUUUGAUAUGCUGACCAGCAGUAUUGUGACAUCAAUCCUCAAAGUCAUCGACACUUUGGCUCGUUUUCUCAGUCCAUACCUGAAAUCGAUAAUCAUUGGAAUUUCAAAACUGCACGCAAAACUUCCAGACAACCACGACCAACGGCUAUCUAUCAUAUCGUCUAGAUUGACCCAAAUCUGGGAAAAGCUAGCCUCGCUAAUCCCACUUCGUCUGCUCGUACCAGCUAUUGAAGAAAGCUACACCGAAAUCGUCAAAGAAGGCGAAUUGGGUGCUAUUGGACCACUUAUGAAACUUUUAUCCAAUUCGUUCAACAGCAUCCAAACCAGUGAAUUCACUGGGCUUCAAUCGGAGCUCUCCGAGUUUUUCCUGUCCGCUCUACAGUUCCGCUGCGAUAACGCCUCCAGUGCUAAGUUCCUCGCGAAAUCAAUUGAUAUCGCUGAAGAGCACGUAAUAAAGGCCUUCGUUGUGUUGAUUCUCAAACUAUCCGAGAGCACGUUCCGGCCACUUUACUACAAAGUAUUUGAGUGGGCCAACCGUGACUCUUCGAGCAACGAUCGUGCCAUUACCUUCUUCAAUCUUUCCAGCCACGUAGCGGAUGCGCUGAAACACCUCUUUGUCCUUUUCGCCAGCGAACUAAUCACAAACGCGGCCAAAUUAUUGGACGCUACCAACGCCGGCAAAUCUGACGAUCUGUUCUUCCCGGACUCGAGCAAGAAUGUUACCCUGAUUCGCUACAUUCUAAGGACACUUCUUAGUGUUUUGGUUAACGAUAAUCAGAAUUUCAUCAAUUCCGUACGGUUUGAUACGUUGCUACAGCCUAUCGCGAAUCAGUUGGAAAACGUAAUAAUUUUUGAAGAUAACGAGAUUCGUAAGCUGGUGAUCGAUUGUCUAUCGCAGAUGGCAGUUGCAGUGGCAGAUGACACCCUCUGGCGACAGCUGAAUCACCAGGUGUUGCUCAAGACCAGAAACAAUGAUCCAGAAAUCAGAUUAUUCGCAUUAGAUGCGUGUACGGAGAUUGCUCGUAAGAUAGGGGAGAAUUUUGCUCCAUUACUGCCGGAGAGCAUUCCGUUCUUGGCCGAACUGCAGGAGGAUGAAAAUCAAGCAGUGGAAAACGCGGUACAGAAAACCAUUCGUGAGAUCGAGAAGGUGACUGGCGAACCUUUGCAUAAAUACUUGUGAGCGUGGUAGGCGUUGAAUGGCAAAGUGCAUAUUUUUUUGUUUUGUUAUUGGAAAACUUGUGCUAACUAAAAUAUUU